AUGUUUUUCCUUUACCACAUUACCCUAUUUGUAACAAUCAGUAGCAUUAAGUGCCAGCAAAUGUUAAAUGAAGAAUUAGUUAUUUCCGAAACUAGGGCUGGCGAAAAAGGGAACAUGCGGAAGACAAAAGUGGAAAGAAGGUUUCUCGAAGAUUUAGAUGACUACGAAUGGCACGUGGCUCAUCUUCGGGACGCGACCCUCGAUGGCAGGAGAGAUUGUAUGGAUGAUACGUUUGCAGACAAAGUUAGGAGGUACAGGAGGAUGUUAAAAAAUGAUGGGGCCAGAGUCGACUUCGUGUCUAGUGAUCCCAUUCCCCUAAACACUGCUGAUGUAGGAGAUAACGUUUGCAAAGUAAGUGAUGAUAACCUGAAAGAAAAUCAAAAUGACCCUCUGAAAAUGGCAUCGGCAAGUUUUGUUAAUGUCACUGGUAAAAUAAAUAUCGCGCCUACAGCGUCUGCAUCAAAUGUUACCGCGUCUGAGAAUGCAACAACGGCCAUGAAACCGGAGACCACCACUACAAAAUUGAAUCACCAGGCGACCACGCAGAGGGCAGAAGCCAAGCCUGCCUUGAAGAAGAAAAAGAACAUAGAGAAACAAGAGAAGGCAGGGAAUGAUACGGCAGGGAGACGAACCAGUGAGUAUAUGUUCAGCUCGAUAGAGUACUACGAUGAGUCGGUGGAGUUCAACACGGACAUGUGUCCGGAUGCUGUAGAAGUGAUCGAACUGGAGAUAGACCAACUCCGGAAUUACGACAUCGAGUGCGAGAUGACUGUAGAGUGGAGGAGUUUAGAAUAA